AUGCCGCCGACAGUGCACUGCAUCCGCCAUGCCCAAGGCUACCACAACCUCAACGCCGCAAACCACAACAUGCACGAUCCUCUCCUCACCGUCCUAGGACACGAACAGUGCAAGACUCUCGGCCGCGACUUCCCCUACUCAUCCAACGUUGACCUGAUCGUCGCCUCCCCAAUCAAGCGCACCAUCUACACAGCCCUCGAGGCGUUUGAAGAGAUCAUCAGGAAGAAGGGACUGAAAGUCGUGGCCUUACCAGAAGUACAAGAGACCAGCGACCUGCCAUGUGACACAGGCAGCGAUCGAGCGGAACUAGAGAGAGAAUUCGAGGGACGCCCCAUAGAUCUUGAUCUAGUACACGAAGGCUGGAACAACAAACGCGGGAAAUGGGCUCCCACAGCCGCAGCAAUCCAGAAUCGCGCACGAGAAGGAAGAGUCUGGCUCAUGAACCGACCAGAGAAAGAGAUCGUCAUAGUAACACACGGUGGCUUUUUGCACUAUUUCACCGAAGACUGGUCAGACACCGCCCGAUUCGUCGGCACAGGCUGGAACAACACCGAAUACAGAUCCUACACUUUCUCCUCCCACCAGCCGGAAGAAGCACACCUGAUUGAGACGCCAGAGUCACUCAUACGGAGGAAGCAGGCAGAGGAGACGAACAAGGAUCUGAGCAAGGAGGAAGAUGUGAAUUUGAAGAGGACGGUUUCGAAUACAUAG